AUGGAGAACUACCAAAAGUUGGAAAAGAUUGGUGAAGGUACCUACGGUGUCGUCUACAAAGCUCGAGACCUUGCCAAUGGCGGUCGAAUUGUCGCCCUAAAGAAGAUCCGCCUCGAAGCUGAAGAUGAAGGCGUCCCCAGUACCGCCAUCCGCGAAAUCUCUCUCCUGAAGGAGAUGCGAGAUCCCAACAUUGUUCGUCUCUUUAACAUCGUCCAUGCCGAUGGUCACAAGCUGUACCUUGUCUUCGAGUUUCUUGACCUCGAUCUCAAGAAGUAUAUGGAGUCUCUCCCCGUGAGCGAUGGUGGUCGAGGCAAGGCGCUACCUGAGGGUUCAUCUCCUCACCUACAGCAUCUUGGUCUGGGUGAUAUGGUUGUUCGAAAGUUCAUGUUCCAGCUUUGCGACGGUAUCAAGUACUGCCACUCCCACCGUGUUCUCCACCGCGAUCUUAAGCCCCAGAACCUCCUGAUCGACAAGGAGGGUAACCUCAAGCUCGCUGAUUUCGGCCUUGCCCGUGCCUUUGGCGUGCCUCUGCGCACCUACACCCAUGAAGUUGUUACUCUUUGGUACCGAGCCCCUGAAAUUCUCCUAGGAGGGCGUCAAUACUCGACCGGUGUUGACAUGUGGUCCGUUGGCUGUAUCUUUGCCGAAAUGUGUACAAGAAAGCCCCUCUUCCCCGGUGACUCUGAAAUUGAUGAGAUCUUCAAGAUCUUCCGCAUCCUCGGCACGCCCACUGAAGAGAACUGGCCUGGCGUCACUUCCUACCCUGACUUCAAGGCGUCCUUCCCCAAGUGGCAGCGCGACUACAGCAAGGACCUUUGCAAGGACCUCGACGCCCAUGGACUGGAAUUGCUCGAGAUGCUGUUGGUGUACGACCCUGCUGGGCGUAUUUCAGCCAAGGCUGCCUACAACCACCCCUACUUCGAGCCUCUCCUGACACAAGAGCAAGCAUCCGCUCAGCCAAAUGGCUACUAUCACUAG